UUUCCUCUCUCUCUCUCUACAAAUAUACAUAUUUGUUUAUCUAUAACGAUGUUGCCUUUUCAUAACUGUAAGGUAAUUACAUAGGCAAGAUGAUUUGUACACUACAUGUGUUCAAAUGCAUAUGCGCAGCAGAACCGUUUUUGACAGCACAGUUUUCAGCCCGGGAUUUUCAGGGAAAUAGUGUGUCCGCAGCGUCGUAUAUACGACCAGGGUGAUUUCUCGAGCUUUUUUUCGCUGGGGGUGAGAAGGUAGAUCUGUUCUACAGUCAAAUACGGUAAUUAGUUUAGGUAAGUUACCAAUCAUAUGGUGCCCUUUGUCACUAGCCGUUCUCUAACUAGCUAUCUUGCAGGGUCGGUCAUUCUGCCCAAGGUAUCUCUAACAGGUACCUUGGACAGAAAUUAUUCGAAUGCGACGCUGGAGCCGUGAUUUCGGCCUUGAUUGGAGUUAAUGAUCAGAGAUUACCUGUAUAUCAUGAUGCAGGAACCUAUAGAGAAUUGUAACACAAGUAAUAUAUUGGCAAAAUUUAAAUGAAGGACAGACGUAAUGUGAUUAAUAAAUAUGUUACCACAUGGUUUGCGGUAAUGGUGGUGAGCCUGUCCCUUAGAUCAAUUCCCUCGGGUCAAAUCUUUCCUCCACUAAGCUGUAAAUCCACGACGAAAGGGCUGGAGUCUUAAGAAAAACGAGACACAAUUAAUGGGAAAUAAUGUUUUGGUCGUAGAACAGGUUAAAAAGUAUCUGCUUAAUUACCAAGCUGCAUUUCCUCAGGUGCACUAUAAUUAUUUUAUCAUUGGUAUAAUUUUCCUUUGCCUGACAUUUAUCACCAUAACUUUCAGUCACGUGUUCGUCGUUUCCACACUGGCACGACCUGGGGCGCACUGUCCUUUUCAGCUCAUUUAUUAUACCCAUUAGAUAAGAAAAAGAAGACAAGAUUUUAUUGAGUGAGAGCAUUCAAGCGGACCACUUCCCACGCUGCCCUAUCCACACGUGUUUAGUGUCGCGCUUCUGUCGCUGGCGGAAUCGUCACAGUGGAGUCCAGGCCUCAGAACAGAUCAAAAUAACGAUCUGAAAUAUCUUAAACAUGUCUCUUUCCCACCAAUUGAAGACAAUAUUUGCCCUUCUCAUUAUCUGUAUGGUGCCUGUGAUUUUGUACAACGACCACUACAGGGGCACUUUAGGUCUGAUAAAGAACGCCUUCCCCAGCAAGCCCAUUGCGUUAGCCGAUUGGAAUGGCGAGAAAUUCUGGCGACUUCAGAAUCCGCCCGCUGCGCCAGCGCCUUCCUCAACUACUGUCUCUACAACCAGUGCGGGCGCGCCGGAGGCCCUGCCGAAGGGCCACAAGAUCCUGGUCCUGAGCACCGUCGGUCGCAGCGGCUCCUCCUUCCUCGGCGAACUUAUCGCGCAGCUCCCGGACUCACUCUACUUCUUCGAGCCGAUGAUGUUCAACUCCAAAGCCACACCGGAGGGCGUGAAUGCCAGGGUCACCUGGGAUCUCCUCAAGAACAUCUUCAGCUGCAGAUUCGACCACGAUUGGCUAGUCUUUGCGCGGAGACGGAGUCUGGUGCGCAAGAAGGAGGGGAAGCCGUGCGCACGUUCCCGCGCAGAAGGGGCCGGCGAUUGCCUCAGGAAACUCUGCCUCAACCAGACCAACAUCGUGGUCAAGGUCAUCCGGAUGCGGGUUUCGUGGCUGGCCGACCUCCUGCUGGAGUCAGGGCCGGAGCUGAAGGUCGUCCACCUGGUGAGGGACCCCAGGGCCUCCUUCAGGUCCUCCAGAAUGUUCGUGCAGACGCAGAAGGACUACACGGAGCUCUGCCCGAGGAUCCUGGAGGAUCUGCAAAUGAUUGACACCGUAAAGAGGCUCUUUCCGGGGCGCGUGACCUCAGUCAAGUACGAGGACCUCUGCCUCGACCCCAAAGGCGUCGUCACCGACCUGUGGGGGUUCCUCUCGGGCGCGCGCAAGGCCGCCCUUCCGCCCGCGUGGGCGCUCUACCUCGCCGAGCACACCGACGGCGCCAACACGCGAGGCAACGCCUACAGCACGUGGAGAGACACCAGGAAGGAGGCCGAGGCGUGGAGACAGGAGAUCGGGGAGAGUCUGCUGCUGGCCGUCGAGGAGCACUGCGGCGGCGCCAUCGCCCUGCUGGGCCACAACAAGUUCCAUUCCCUGGCAAACGCCCGGAAUAUCUCCUUCCCCCUGCGGUGGGCCAAGAAGCCCUUGUACACGCUCAUUUGAAUCCUCCAGGUGCUGCGGGGCCUAAGGGACAUAACAGCGUGGUAUUAUGUAUUUUUCUUGUGAUUGUAUGUGUAGCAGUGUUAAGAAUUACCUACUUAAAACAGUUUUGCUUUAUCUAAUUAUGCUUUAUUUGUCUCCCUGUCAUGUCGUCACAUUUUUUAUCACAACAUGUAGGAAAAUAUUACCGUAGAACACUUUUUUUCGAUUACUGUGUUUUGUGUAUCAUGUUAAAUAAACUGUUUUCAGAUUGUGCCUAAAA